AUGACACUCUCUCCUUCUCUUUCUCUUGCCAAACCCGGAUGGGUUUGGUUUGGUUUCUCCGCUGGUUUGAGGCCAACACUGAACCAAACCAAACCGUAUUUCUUGAACGGUGCAAUCUGCAGUUCAGGGAUGAAAUCCAUCCAUUCUGCGUCGUGCUCACCACAACUUUUUCGUAUUCGUUCGGAGUCCUUGAUAAAGCCUUUCGCUAACCAUAACAGAGAUUAUUCUGAUUCUGCCUCCGCCCCUGCCUCCGCCUCCGCCUCUGUCUCUAUCUCUGUCUCUGUCUCUGCCUCUACCUCUCCCUCUCCCUCCGACCCUGACUCUCCCUCCGACCCUGCCUCUCCCUCCGACUCUGACUCUGACUCUGACUUCGACUCCGACAGAGACUCUGACUCUGAUUCCAAAGAGGCCAAGUGUAACGAGGCCAAAAGGGAUGUGAAAGGCCCGAGAUUUAAGGACCUAGGUGGAAUGAAGAAGGUGCUAGAGCAGCUGGAAGACGUGAUUUGCAGGCUUCGGUUUCCGAAGCUGGCAAAGUCGCUCGGAGGCAACCCCAUAUCUGGAAUUCUCUUGCAUGGACCACCAGGCUGUGGGAAGACCCAACUGGCUCACGCCAUUGCCAAUGAAACCGGCUUUUCCUUUCAUAACGUUUCUGCCCCAAGCUUCAUCAAUAGUUACUAUGGUGAAUCUGAAAGGAAUAUACGAAGGCUUUUUUCCGAAGCGUAUGAAACGUCGCCUUCAAUUGUGUUCAUCGACGAAAUUGAUUCUAUUGCUUCAAAAAGAGAGGACUCAAGUUAUGUAACGGCAUUGGCACAACUGCUGACUUGCAUGGACGAACAGAGAUCGCACAAUGUUCUUGUAAUAGCAGCUACCAAUAGACCUGAUGCUCUUGACCCCGCUCUGAGGAGGCCCGGGCGAUUUGAUCUUGAGAUUUCUUUCAACGUUCCGGAUGAAAGUGACAGGGUUGAGAUUCUUAAGGUGGUUACGAGCAAUUUAGGCCUUGAAGGUCCUCUUGAUCUUGUUAAAAUAGCGCGGUCUACGGCAGGGUAUGUUGGAGCUGAUUUGAGAGCUGUGGCUGACAGAGCUUGUGAUAUUGCCAGGAAAAGGAUACUAGCAGAGAGGUAUCCUAAUAUGUCAAUUGCUUCUAUGAACGAGGCGAAUUACAAUGAAGAUUGGGUGGAGAAAGAAAAAGAAAAGCUCGCCAUCACGGUGGCUGAUUUUGAGAAAGCAAUUCAAGAGGUUCAGCCUUCCUUAAGAAGAGAAGGAUUCUCUGCAGUCCCUAAUGUGAAAUGGGAAGAUGUUGGCGGUCUAGAUACUUUAAGGCACGAAUUUAACCUUCAUAUAGUUAAUCGUAUGAAGUAUCCUGACAUCUAUAAGGAAUUCGGAAUGAAUCUAGAGACGGGUUUUCUGCUCUAUGGGCCUCCAGGAUGCGGUAAAACACUGAUAGCCAAGGCUGUUGCAAAUGAGGCAGGAGCCAACUUCAUUCAAGUUAAGGGCCCUGAACUUCUAAAUAAAUGGGUUGGAGAAAGUGAGAAGGCAGUUCGAACAUUGUUCAGCCGUGCAAGGGCAUGCACACCAUGCAUACUUUUCUUUGAUGAGGUGGAUGCUUUGACAACAAAGCGAGGACAAGAAGGAGGGCAGAAUGUUGAGCUGCUAUUGAACCAGUUACUUGUAGAGUUGGACGGUGGAGACCAGCGGAAGGGUGUAAUUGUCAUUGGUGCCACUAAUAGACCGGAUGUAAUGGACCCUGCUGUUUUGCGACCCGGAAGAUUUGGUAAGCAUAUUUAUGUUCCCCUGCCCAGUAAAGAUGAGCGUGGUUUCAUCUUAAAAGCUCUUGCAAGGAACAAGCCUAUAGAUUCCCGUGUAGAUCUGAGCGAGAUUGGACAGAGAAACGCAUGCGAAAAUUUUACUGGAGCUGAUCUUGCUGCACUGAUGCAUGAAGCUACCAUGGCUGCUGUUGAAGAGAAAGUGACAUCAAUCGCGAGUUCGGAUUCAUCUCCCUGCACAAUCAAAGAAACUCACUUUGAGAAAGCACUGGCUAAAAUCACACCAUCUCUAACAGACGAGGAUUUGCAAGACUAUCAGAUAUUUGGCGAAAACAGGGCUAAUGGAUUCAAGGCCAAAAAGUUUGCCUUUUGUUAG